AUGGCUGUCGGUGGAACGGUGAGUGAGACUCUGAGCGGAUCGGGCGUAGAUGGCAGGUUCUUCCGGAGCUUGUUUCUGCUGAGAAGAGUCUCUUGGAAUGGACCCAUCUUGACCGGCUGAUCUGCUCCUUUAGGACCGAAAAUAAUGAAUGGUUUUGUAGAAAAAAUCCGUUGAGAACAUCAACUCCCGCUUGGCUAUGGUCACCAAGUCCGGAAAGUACUGUCUCGGAUACAAACAGACCUUGAGAACUCUGCGCUCCGGCAAGGCUAAGCUGGUCAUCAUCAGCAGCAACACUCCAGCCAUCAGGUAGUUAUUUUUGGCUUGCUUUUUUUGACUUUUAGGCGUAUUAGAUAAAAAGUUGUACAAAAAAUCCUACAAAGCGCUUUUGUACGAUUUAGGCAAUAGAAAUGUGUCGAAGACCUUUUUAAAUAAAACUUCUUACUCUUGAGGUGAUAAUAAUCUCAAAUUUUGCUUUUUUUUACCCAAAAUCUUUUCAGACGCUCCGAGAUUGAGUACUACGCCAUGUUGUCCAAGACCGGAGUCCACGAGUACCACGGAAACAACAUCGAGCUCGGAACCGCUUGCGGUAAACUCUUCCGAGUCUCCAUGCUCUCCAUCACCGACCCCGGAGACUCUGACAUCAUCCGUGUUAUCCCCUCUGAAUAA